AUGAUGGAAGACACAUUUGGCGCUUCCUUCCUCCAGCCCCUGGACCCCGCAGCCCGCCACUCCUUCAAAACGCCCUCCAAACAAAUCAAUGACCACCAAGAUGUUACGACAUUCCUUAGCUCCCUUGCAUACAAAGACAUCAUAACAUUCGUCCUCCAGCUCAAUCGAGCAAUGGUGCCUUCUAAAAUUCUAGAGAAUGGUAUGCAAAAGAUCCAAAUGUGGCAGCUUGCGUCGGACGCUAUCGAGUUCUCUGAGCCAGUCAGACGAUUGCAACUUUUACUAACGCGGCUGGAGUCCAUAAUCGACGAAGUACCUCCGGACACGGGGCCACGGAGAUUUGGGAAUGUCAGCUUCCGAAAAUGGUACCAGGAAAUGGAAGCAAGAGCAGAAACUAUAAUGGACGAAUGCCUACCCUCCGAAGUACUAGAGUCUGGAGGUGAAGAUCCGGAAGCAGUCACAGCUAAAAUGGAGUUGAUGGCAUAUUUUACUGGAAGUUUUGGAAGUUCUCAGCGACUCGAUUAUGGGACAGGACAUGAAUUGAGCUUUGUGGCCUUUCUUGGCUGUCUUUGGAAACUGAACGCGUUCGCCAAAAGUGAACCCGGAGUGGAAGAAAGGGGCAUUGUUGUUGGUGUUAUUGAGCCGUAUCUCAAACUCGUCCGUCGCCUUAUCACCACUUACACACUCGAACCUGCCGGGUCCCAUGGGGUCUGGGGACUGGAUGACCAUUCAUUCAUCCCAUACAUACUUGGCUCGGCUCAAUUAGCUCCAGCAAUCGCACCAUCCGACAGAACACCGAUCGAAGGGUCUAUAGAUGGUGCCCCCAAAACUAGUGAUGUCACCAAGCCCAGCAUCGUCGAGCGAGAAAGAAGGACCAACUUGUAUUUCUCGGCCAUUGGGUUCAUUUACGAUGUGAAGAAGGGGCCAUUUUGGGAACACAGCCCUAUGCUGUACGAUAUCUCCGGAAUUAAAGAUGGCUGGGGCAAAAUCAACAAGGGGAUGAUCAAGAUGUACAACGCAGAGGUUUUGUCCAAAUUCCCUGUUGUUCAGCACUUUCCUUUUGGAUCUCUAUUUCGAUGGGAACGAGAUCCGAACGCUGCUGCUCCUCUUCCGUCCCCCCAUCUCUCUAGUCGUCCUCAGCCGUCACAGACGAUGGCCCCGCCUUUGAGUGGCUCAAGCCCUGUCGCGGAUGCAAGUACCCGAGCCCCUUGGGCGACAACAUCAUCUAGUUUUCCUCAAGGGACAGCCCAGUCGAGUCUCGGACCUACAGGGCCCGGUUAUGGGGGUCUACGCAAUCAAGCCGUGCCACAAGAUGGCUCAACACACCUUCCCCCACCGACUCAGGCUCCUUGGGCCAUGAAAGCGCUGAGGAGCCGCGAAAAGGACCCCGAUAUAACGACCAAGGCGCCUUGGGCCAAGAAGUGA